AUGCCUAUUCUUGUAAAUGGUGGGACUACUAAAGAUUUUAAAGGGACGAGGGGGUUAAUACAAGGUGACCCCUUGUCACCUUUCUUGUUUUCAAUUGUGGCAGAGGGCUUGGCUUGCUUAGUGAGAAGGGCUGGAAUUCAAGGGUUGUUUUGUGGAUUCAGAUUAAAUGAGAUUGAAGAUAAUAUCGUUGUUCAAUUUACUGACGAAAUCGUCCUUAUUUGUGAGGUUGAUUGGAAAAAAUUAUGA